AUGUCAUCGAGGACGUCAUCGGCGUGCGUUUCAUCGCUCGCGAGGAGCUUCAGACGCCUACCCACGGAGCUGCGUCUCAAGAUAUGGCGGUGCGCUACCGAGCCGCGCGUCGUCAUCCUAGAUGACCUCCUUCGCAAGCCAGAGGCGUAUCCUCUGCCUUCAGUCGCCCAGGUCAAUCGCGAAGCACGACUUGAGUCUCGCAAUGGCUAUGAGGCUGUCGGCCCUUGGCAAUCUUCUCACGUCCACUUUGGCAGGGACAUUUUUGUCUGCGAUGCCAGCAUCACCGAAGCUACCUCAAAUGAGCCCCUGGAAGCGCUUGCCACGCGAGUCGAGCGGCUCGCAUUCUGGGAUUGCUUCCCGGACGACAACCGGGUAGAACUACCCUACUUUUACUCGACGUACCUCGCGGCCAGCCAGGCAGCGGCCAAUGCUGCGCUGCUGUCGUCUGGAUCUGUGCCAUCGACAUCGGGCAUGGCCGUCUCGUCCGCCGGGUCAAGACGGCCGGCCGUCGAUUUCGACAAGCUCUGGUUUCCCAAUUUACGAGAUCUGUGGAUUGUCAAAGUGGGCGGUGUGAAUAGGGCAUGGCUGAUUGACGCAGACUUGGAGCAAGACGCGGCGCCUCCAAAAACCACCACAGCGGGCGCUUCCUCAUCGUCUUGCUCCGUGCCGCUUUCACAACAUCCACACUCGCGCCAGACCGCUCGCAAAUUCCGAUAUUGGGUCCAGGACAAUGUGGUGGAAAUGGCGCCCCUCAGCCUCGACGACCCCGAAACACAUCUCGUGCUGCGCGAGGGCCGUUGCGGCAAGCCAGACUGCCAGGAGCUCAAUCGCGGACGUCCGAUCCUGCUGUCCAAGGUGACCUUUAUGGAGGGGGCGUAUCGCCCAGCCCAGGGGUGGCUGCGCAUUGCCCCUUGGGACGGGCGCGACCACGCGACCACUGGAAGCGCCGCCAGCGGGAGCAGCAGCAUGACCAGCAAAGAUGCAGGUGACGGUGGCGAUACAAAGGCCAGAAAUUGCUCGCGCGACUCGAUGCGGUGGGUAGUCGUGGAGCGUAUCCUAACCUUUUCGCUUCGCUGGGAGUCUUCUGAUGAUGCCGACGAGGGCUCCCGUCGACACAUUGGAGCUCCAAGCCAUCCGUAA